AGUUGCGUUUGCAGACCGGGGAGGGGGGAGGCUCGAACGCCUGUCCGGACGGGAGCGGGCCGCGCGGAGGGGAGCCCCGGCGUCCGCCACACUGCCUCCCGCCGCUGCCGUCGCACGUGAGGGCCGGCGGCGCGCGUCUCUCUCUCGAGUCGCCUCGGCGUCCCACGGGAGGCAAGGGCGGGCGGCGGUGGCCGCCAACGUGGGGGGCGGCGGAGACCCCUUCCGGCUGGGACGGCGCUGAGGGCCCCGCGCCACGACGGCACCGCCGCCAUGGCUCCUCUGAAGCCGAGGACUCGGGCCCCUCGUGCGGGCCGCGCGCUUUCCCAGCCCGGGGACGUCACGUGGCUUCACACGUUCGCCUGCUUCUGGAGCCGAGGCCCCGAGAGUGGCGCGGGCCAGGAAGAAGAAACAGGAAGGAUAAAAGAUUGCUGGGACAACCAGGAAGUUCCUGCAUUGUCUACAUGUAGCAAUGCCAAUAUUUUUCGAAGGAUAAAUGCCAUUUUGGAUGAUUCACUGGACUUCAGUAAAGUCUGCACAACACCCAUAAAUCGAGGAAUUCAUGAUCGAGCAGACUUCCAGGACUCUGAAGAAGCAGUUACAAGCAGGAUGCUUUUUCCCACCUCUGCGCAAGAAUCUCCCCGUGGCCUUCCAGAUGCAAAUGGCUUGUGCCUUGGCCUGCAGUCACUCAGUCUGACUGGCUGGGACCGACCCUGGAGCACUCAGGACUCUGACUCUUCAGUCCAGAGCAGCACACAGUCGGUAUUAAGCAUGCUCCAAAAUCCACUGGGAAAUGUCCUAGGAAAAACCCCCUUGAGCUUCCUGUCUCUGAAUCCCCUUGGGUCUGACUUGGACAAGUUCCCAGCACCCUCAGUUAGAGGAUCUCGCCUGGACACCCGGCCCAUCCUGGACUCCCGUUCUAGCAGCCCCUCUGACUCAGACACGAGUGGCUUCAGCUCUGGAUCAGAUCAUCUCUCAGAUUUGAUUUCAAGCCUUCGCAUUUCCCCUCCUCUGCCCUUCCUUUCUAUGACGGGGAAUGGUCCCAGAGACCCUCUAAAGAUGGGAGUUGGGUCCCGAAUGGACCAAGAACAAGCUGCUCUUGCUGCAGUUACUCCCUCUCCAACCAGUGCUUCAAAAAGAUGGCCAGGAGCUUCUGUGUGGCCAUCCUGGGACCUUCUCGAAGCUCCUAAAGACCCUUUCAGCAUAGAGAGAGAAGCUAGAUUACACCGGCAGGCUGCAGCUGUGAAUGAAGCUACCUGUACCUGGAGUGGCCAGCUUCCUCCCCGAAACUAUAAGAACCCCAUCUACUCCUGCAAGGUGUUCCUAGGAGGUGUUCCUUGGGAUAUUACGGAAGCUGGAUUGGUUAACACCUUCCGUGUUUUUGGUUCUCUGAGUGUGGAGUGGCCUGGAAAGGAUGGCAAGCACCCCCGGUGUCCUCCCAAAGGGUAUGUGUAUUUGGUGUUUGAACUAGAGAAGUCUGUCCGGGCCUUGCUUCAGGCUUGUUCUCAUGACCCGAUGAGCCCAGAUGGCCUGAGUGAAUAUUAUUUCAAGAUGUCCAGCCGAAGGAUGCGCUGCAAAGAGGUGCAGGUAAUUCCUUGGGUCUUGGCUGACAGCAACUUUGUCUGGAGCCCAUCUCAGAGACUGGAUCCCAGCAGGACGGUGUUUGUUGGUGCCUUGCACGGAAUGCUCAAUGCUGAGGCUCUGGCUGCCAUCUUGAAUGACCUAUUUGGUGGAGUGGUGUAUGCUGGGAUUGACACAGAUAAACACAAGUACCCCAUUGGGUCUGGUCGCGUGACUUUCAAUAACCAACGUAGUUACCUGAAAGCAGUCAGCGCUGCUUUUGUGGAGAUCAAAACCACCAAGUUUACCAAGAAGGUUCAAAUUGACCCCUAUCUAGAAGAUUCUCUGUGUCUUAUCUGCGGUUCACAGCCUGGCCCUUUCUUCUGCCGUGAUCAGGUGUGCUUCAAGUAUUUUUGCCGAAGCUGCUGGCACUGGCGACACAGCAUGGAAGGCCUGCGCCACCACAGCCCCCUGAUGAGGAACCAGAAGAACUGAGAUUCCAUCUAGAGAAGCUGACCUUGCCCAGUGGCCUGUGUUGCCCAAGGCUGGCAAAUCAGGCCUGUACCCUGCACUGGCGCCCAAGGAGCUAGCUUUCUGCAGACAAGGGAAAAUUGUAGUCACCUUUGUACUUGCUAAAUCUGUCUUUGUUUCUGCACUAAUUAAUGCACAAUGAGUUUUGUCAGGUUUUGUUUUCAGGGGUGUGCAAGGACCCUCUGGCUCACCCUCAAGCAAAUGUAGUUUUCCCAGAUUCUAGUUCCUCGUUUUGCAAAUGAAAAGAAAAACAACAACAAACUGUGUGUCCAGAAGGUAUUGACACAGAAGCCUACACCUAAGUUUAUUUAUUAAAGCGCUUUUUACAUUCCUUGCAAUACUGACGGUGGUGAUGCGCAGGUCUCAUUGGUUCAUUCUUGCAGUUGCCAUACAGUGCCUUUCCAUUUAUUUAACCCCCACCUGAACGGCAUAAAUUGAGUGUUCAGCUGGUGUUUUUUACUGUAAACAAACAAGGAGACUUUGCUCUUCAUUUAAACCAAAUCAUAUUUCAUAGUUUACGCUCGAGGGUUUUUACUGGUUCCUUUUUACACUCCUUAAAACAGUUUUUAAGUCAUUUGGAACAAUAAAUUUUUUUUUCUUUUCUGGCAGCUUUUAACAUUAUAGCAAAUUUGUGUCUGGGGGACUGCUGGUCACAGUUGCAAAUCAAAGCAUUUGUAACCAAGGGAAAAAUUAUUUUAUUUAAAACUGGACCGGAGGGAAAGAAAAUUAGGUCUGAGCAGCUGCUGUAUAUAGUUUUAAAUGGUUUGUCGCACCUUCCUAUGUUGCACUUACGUGGGGGGAGGGUUGGUAGAAGUUUUUAAUCACAGUCACAGGGUUUUUUCUUUUGUAACUGAGCUUAAAAAAUUAAAAAAAAAAGGGCUGCUUUUUGGUGGGGGCAGUUGAAGGCUCACAGGAGCCCUUUCUCUUAGAGGGGCAAGUACCCUUCCUUACAUCUUUUAUCUGAAGAAUGUAUGGAUCAACAGAGUUGACACAAAAAUGCUACUGGAUUUUGAAAACUUGACUUUUUCUUUUUAACUACUACUUGCCCCUCUUAGGGAAGCUGUGUGCCAAAGAACCAGUGUCAUCCCCUCCCUCCUGCUGAGCUGAUGUUGCAUUGUUCAUAUCCCAGCUACUCUGUGGGUUUUGUGAAGCUGUGUGUGAAGUCUCUACCUCAUUGUUGUAUAUGCAGGCAAGACUGCACUCUCUACAGAUGUGUGGAGUAAGCUGUGGUGUACUUUUUUUGGCACAUAAUAAACACGUUG